CUUUUAGCCUGCCUUAAGGUGGUUUAACUCAAAAAGAGUGAAAGCUGAAAACCUCCCACCCAAAGCCAAAGCCCGAACCCCAAUCCCGAUGUCCGGUCGCGGUGGCGGUGACGCCGGCCCCCCACUCGCCCCGGUCCUGCACUCCAACGGCGGUGAAUUUCUUCUGUCUUUGCUACAGAGGCCCAGCCACCACCAACAACAGCAGCCCCCGCCGCAGUUCCCCCCUACCGGCCACACUCCCUUCCUUGCCCCGCAACCGCAACCGCAACCGCAACAGCAGCAGCAACAACAACAACAUCAACACUUUGCCCAGCGAAUUCAACCACAUCAACCGCUGCCUCUUGACCCGGCGGUUGCAGCCGUUGGCCCGAGUUUCUCUUUCCCCCAACCUUCCUGGGGAGCCAACGCCCGGGAUCUCGUCUCCCCGUCAUUGCCGCCUCACGGCUCUCUGCCUCCCGAGCAGCUUGGAUUUCCACCCAACUAUUGGCAUUCGCCGAAUCAGUUUCAAGCCCCAACUAGCCAGCCCCAAACCCUAAUCGAUGAUCUCCAGAGAUUAGGGUUUACGAGCAUUGACGCCAGCGUCAACAAUGCCAUCCAGGGUUUGCUGCUGCAUAAGCAACAGCAGCAGCAGCAGCAAGUACAGCACCAUUUACAGUUCGGUUCGUUCCAGAGCGAACCACAGAUCGUGGAUAACGCCGCCAAGGAGCUGGAAAAGGCGCUAGGCAAUGCCUACUCCAAAUCAUUUGAAAAGAAUCCUCAAUCCGAUGGGCAUCUAAGCUCGUCGGCUCCUAGAGAUGUAAGUUUCAAUGUGCAGGAUCGCAAGGCUGGCAAUUGGGGAAAACAGCAGCAGCAAGAAGUAGGGAAUCACAACGCUCUAGGACAGCGAAAGCAGCCGCCUCCGGGGUUUUCUAAUCAGCAGAAAGGAGGGCUUUGGGAUAAUGGGGGCAGGGGAAGAGAGUUUGAUAGCAAUAUACGCAGAGAAAGAGGGAAUAAUCAUCCUAGUGAGCACAAUAGCAGAGGGGAAUGGGUGAAGCGUGCUAACGGCGGCUCGCUUGAACCUGGAAUCACUAGACAGCUAGACACGCCUGGUCCUCCUUCUGGCAGUAAUCUGCAUUCUGUUUCUGGGUCCGAGGUUGAAGCAUCAAUGAUGCACUUGCAUUCCAAGCUGGUUGAUGAUGAGCAGGAUAAUGAUGGUCGUGAAUUGGAUGAUCAUGGUGAAGAACUUGUUGAUUCUUUGUUGCGUGAGGGUGAACCUGAUGAUGGUGGGAAAGACAAAAAGCAAGGUCGAAAUUCGCGUGAAAAGGAAGCAAGAUCGGAUGACCGAGGGCAACGAAUGCUAAGUCAAAGGAUGAGAAUGUUUAAGAGGCAGAUGGUAUGUCGAAGAGACAUAGAACAAUUCAAUAGGUCUUUCCUUGCCAUUUAUGACUCACUUAUACCACCUGAGGAAGAGAAAGAAAAGCAGAAGCAGUUACUGACAAUGUUGGAGAAACUAGUUAACAAGGAAUGGCCAGAAGCUCGGUUAUUCCUUUAUGGUUCCUGUGCUAAUUCUUUUGGGGUUUCAAAGAGUGAUGUUGAUGUCUGCCUUGCAAUCGAAGAUGGUGAUGCAAGAAAGUCGGAGAUCUUGUUAAGGUUGGCAGACAUAUUGCAAUCUGACAACCUCCAAAAUGUGCAGGCACUAAUCCGAGCCAGGGUGCCCAUAGUGAAACUUAUGGAUCCAGCGAGUGGGAUAUCAUGUGACAUAUGCAUAAACAAUGUUCUUGCUGUGGUAAAUACAAAGCUUCUACGGGACUAUGCGCAGAUAGAUGUCAGACUACGGCAGUUGGCUUACAUUGUUAAACACUGGGCCAAAUCAAGAGCAGUUAAUGAAACUUACCAUGGAACUCUUUCCAGCUAUGCGUACGUUCUCAUGUGCAUUCACUUCCUACAGCAGCGAAGACCUGCAAUCUUGCCAUGCUUGCAGAGAAUGGAGGCAACAUACUCCGUCACAGUAGACGGUGUCCAGUGUGCUUACUUUGACCAAGUGGAGAAACUCCAAGGGUGGGGAUCGAGGAAUAGGGAGACAAUUGCUGAGCUGGUGUGGGGUUUCUUCUAUUACUGGGCUUAUUGUCAUGAUUAUGCAAAUACAGUUGCAUCUGUGCGAAUGGGGAGGACCAUCAGCAAACGGGAGAAAGACUGGACGAGGAGGGUCGGGAACGAUAGGCAUCUGAUAUGCAUAGAGGAUCCAUUUGAGGUGUCUCACGACCUGGGAAGGGUGGUGGAUAAGUUUAGCAUUCGAGUGCUGAGGGAAGAAUUCGAAAGAGCUGCUGAUAUCAUGCAGCAUGAUUCGAAUCCGUGUGGAACACUGUUUCAACCCUAUGUUCCCCCUUCUAGUUGAAGCAUAAGCCAGCUGCUCUUUUUGUGAGUUUUAAGUUAAGGUUGGUGUUUCGAGUUGUAGAAUUUCAUGUAAAUUAUGUGCUUCUCUACCCUCUUUGGUUUGGUGGUACCCAAAAAUUGAGGGCAAGGAAAGGAGUGGGAGGGAUUGUCGAAUUGGUUGUACGCUUCCAUGAAACUAGUGCGUCCAACAAUUGAGAGCCGCCAAGUUCAUUCCCUGCUGCUUAUGGUUGUAUCUCAUUUUUUCUUGUCCAUUUGGCAUUACCAGUUAUUCUUCAUGCGACUCAUAAUCGCUUAUGGCAUAUGAAUAUGAUGGUAAAUUCGUUGGAUA